CGAGACCAAUCCGGAGAACGCUUCGCGCUAGGGGUGGGGCAUCCGACCGAGCCGGCCUGCAGUGCGCAGAGGACGCGGCGAGAGCAUGUACGCGUUCCUCAGCUGUGGCUUGGGCCGAGGCCUCCUGCGGGCCGCGGGACGGCGGUGGUGGGGCUGCUCCGCACGUCUGCUCCCGGAGCCGGCAGGAGGUCCAAGACCCGAGGCGAAGGUGCCGCCGUCUCGGGUCGCGCUGCACUGCCGGGGCCCGGGCCUGCUGCCGCUGGUAGCAGCGCUCGCCUGGUUCUCGCGUCCCGCUGCGGACGAGGAGGAGCGGCCGCCGGGCGCGGGCGGAGCUGCCGCCGAGGACGCAGCGGACGAGGCGGAGGCCGAGAUCAUUCAGCUGCUGAAGCGAGCGAAGUUGAGCAUCAUGAAAGAUGAACCAGAAGAGGCUGAGCUGAUUUUGCAUGAUGCACUCCGCCUCGCCUAUCAGAGUGAUAACAAGAAGGCCAUCACUUACACUUAUGAUUUGAUGGCCAACUUAGCAUUUAUACGAGGUCAGCUGGAAAAUGCGGAACAGCUUUUUAAAGCAACUAUGAGUUACCUGCUUGGAGGGGGCAUGAAGCAGGAAGACAAUACAAUAAUUGAAAUCUCCCUGAAGCUGGCCAGUAUCUAUGCUGCUCAGAAUAGACAGGAAUUUGCUCUUGCUGGCUAUGAAUUCUGCAUUUCUACUCUGGAGAAAAAAAUUGAAAGAGAAAAGAAAUUAACAGAAGACAUUAUAUCAGUGGAAGAAAAAGCCAAUACACGCCUCCUUCUGGGCAUGUGCUUAGACUCCUGUGCACGCUACCUGCUGUUCUCCAAGCAACCAUCACAGGCACAAAGAAUGUAUGAAAAAGCCCUGCAGAUAUCUCAAGAAAUACAAGGAGAAAGACACCCACAGACUAUUGUGCUGAUGAGUGACCUUGCUACUGCCCUGGAUGCACAGGGCCACUUUGAUGAGGCCUAUCUUUAUAUGCAAAGAGCAUCAGAUCUGGCAAGAGAAAUAAACCAUCCUGAGCUGCACAUGGUGCUCAGUAAUCUAGCUGCAAUUCUGAUGCACAGAGAACGAUAUACACAAGCAAAAGAGAUCUACCAGGAAGCACUGAAGCAAGCAGAGCUGAAAAGGGAUGAGGUUUCUGUACAGCACAUCAGGGAAGAAUUGGCUGAACUGUCGAGAAAAAAGUAGACUUGACUUAAUUUUACCAAGCUUUUAAGUUCAUUUUGGUGUGGGGAGGGCGCGGGGGCGGAUUUCUAGUAAUCCAAGGAAUAGCUCAAGUUAGCCUUGGUGAAGGAUAAGUUGUAUACAUUGCCACUAAGUUUUUAAAGGAAAAACAACAUUCACCCUCGAAUGAUUAUGACUUCUAAAGACCAAUGUUUUCUGUAAUACUGUGUGAUUAGUUGCUGUCUCGGCCAGUCUAAGUAUAAUUAUAGAUUGAGAUGGGCCAGUGUUCUCUUGGGGUGAGGGAUACCAUCAUUAUGCCUGGCCAUCUGUUUACUGAUUUGCUGCCCAUCUCUUACUAUAUCAAUAUCUGGCUGACUUCUUAGAGCCACAUGUCUCAUGGCAGAAGAGGAUUUUGGUGAGUUUUCCUCUGAUAAAGCCGUUUCCUGAAGCACAGUGUGGGACUUCAUGCACAAAGGAAGAAAAGUAAUUCCUUAGUUGGCCUUUGGCAGCCAGCAUAAAGUUUUAGGGGGAAUUGGGGACUUGAAAGUAUAGUACCUAACUGAUGGCAAAUUAUGGCUAUAAAGUUAGUAUUGUCAUGAUGAGGGAAGGAAGGAAGGAUGCAUCCUCUUGCCUUGUCAGUGCUAUGUGAGCAGUCAACUUCCUUUCCUAAUGAAGUUUCAGCAGUCAUCUGAGAUCCUCUUUAAAGAGCUGUGAAGAAACCCAGAAUGUACACCAGGCGUUUCGACUAAGAACAGGCUCCUGCACCUGUAGCCUUGCAGUCACUCCCUCUUGCGCUGAGAACAUAGUAUAGCCACUGACCUGGAUCACAGUCCUAGAUUUCUUAUUUUGUUUCCUCAUCUGUAAAGGGGGAAAGAAAUGAGAAUCCUUUUGUAGCUAUAUGGGUAUCUAGUCAGAUGACUUAGUAAGCUGCCAUACUACUUUGAGUUUCAUCACACUGUUUCAAAACAUGUAAAUACAAGAUGCACAGGUGGCGUGUCACCCUAUCUCGCAAAUAGCCAUUUGUUUAAGGGAAAAGGCAGCUUUUUAGGUUUUAUGAAGGAACACUUUUGAGGUGGUGUGUCAAGUUUUGGUUCAUUAUUUAAAUAUUGGAAAAAUCUUUUCAUAAUAAACUAGAGACUACAUAACAAUA